GCCGGCUGAGCGCUAGGCUAACAACAACAUAGUGAUGCUCUCUGCAGCGCCUUGUUUCUGUGUUAGUUGAGCUGAAGUUUAAAUUCAUUACACCAAAACAUGUCUCAGUGCGAUAUUUGAUGUUUUAAACAAGUCUGCUAGAAAACAACAAUUUCUUCAUUCGCUCCGUUUUUCAAGUUAACGUCGGUAUUUGGCUGAAACAGAGGGCGCGUCGGAUAUAGUUAGCUUACUUAUCCAAGCAAGGCCCGAAAAAGCGAAAACCGGGUAACUUCUUGGAGAAAAAAAGGUCCACUGAUCUAACAGUGACAUUAAACAGGUGCCCUAUCGCUUGGUAGAGCUUGUGUCCUCAAAAUGAGAGGUUCGUAUGGAGACAGAGACCGAGACCGUGGCCGUGACAGAGGCAGCCCUCGUUUCGGGUCCAGCAGAGGUGGCCCACCACAGGGUAAAAAGUUUGGGAACCCCGGGGACCGCUUACGAAAGAAAAGAUGGGACCUGGAUGAGCUGCCUAAAUUUGAGAAGAACUUCUAUAGCGAACACCCUGAAGUGCAGCGAAUGAGCCAGUAUGAUAUUGAGGAGUAUCGCAGGAAGAAGGAAAUCACAGUUCGAGGUUCAGGCUGCCCCAAGCCUGUCACCAACUUCCAUCAGGCACAGUUUCCCCAAUAUGUAAUGGACGUACUGAUGCAGCAGAACUUCAAGGAGCCGACAGCUAUCCAGGCACAAGGUUUCCCCCUGGCCCUCAGUGGGAGAGACAUGGUGGGCAUAGCUCAGACUGGCUCUGGCAAGACUUUAUCGUAUCUCCUUCCUGCAAUUGUGCACAUCAAUCAUCAGCCCUACUUGGAGCGUGGAGAUGGACCCAUUUGCUUGGUUCUGGCCCCAACAAGAGAACUGGCGCAGCAGGUCCAGCAGGUGGCAUACGACUACGGAAAGUCAUCCCGCAUCAAAAGCACUUGUGUGUAUGGGGGUGCUCCCAAAGGACCACAAAUCCGAGACCUGGAGAGAGGUGUUGAGAUCUGCAUUGCCACACCCGGUCGUUUGAUUGACUUCCUUGAGGCUGGAAAGACCAAUCUGCGGCGCUGCACAUACCUAGUUCUAGAUGAAGCUGACCGCAUGCUGGACAUGGGUUUUGAACCACAGAUUCGCAAAAUUGUGGACCAGAUUAGGCCUGACAGACAGACUCUGAUGUGGAGCGCUACCUGGCCUAAAGAGGUUCGCCAGCUGGCAGAAGACUUCCUGAAGGACUAUGUCCAAAUCAAUGUUGGAGCAUUGGAACUCAGCGCCAACCACAACAUCCUUCAGAUAGUUGAUGUCUGUAUGGAAAGUGAGAAGGAUCACAAGUUGAUCCAGUUGAUGGAGGAGAUUAUGGCUGAGAAAGAGAACAAGACCAUCAUCUUUGUGGAGACCAAGAAACGAUGUGACGACCUCACACGCAGAAUGAGACGUGAUGGGUGGCCAGCGAUGUGUAUUCAUGGUGACAAGAGUCAGCCAGAGAGAGACUGGGUGUUGUCAGAGUUCCGUAGCGGCAAAGCUCCCAUCCUCAUCGCUACUGACGUGGCCUCACGUGGUUUGGAUGUGGAGGAUGUCAAGUUUGUCAUCAAUUAUGAUUACCCCAACUCAUCAGAGGACUACAUCCAUCGCAUCGGCCGUACGGCCCGCAGCACCAACAAAGGCACCGCCUACACCUUCUUCACUCCGGGGAACCUCCGGCAGGCCCGCGAGCUGAUCCGGGUGCUGGAGGAGGCCCGACAGGCCAUCAAUCCCAAACUGCUGCAGCUGGUUGACACUGGACGUGGAGGAGGCGGAGGAGGUGGCCGCCCUCGUUUCCGUGGCGGCUCCAAUUCCAACAAUCCCAACCUCAUGUACCAGGACGAGUGUGAUCGGCGAAUGCGUUCUGUGGGCGGCAGCGGCAGCUCCAAGGACAGCCGCAGCGGCAACUACAGUCGUGACAGCCGCGAUAGCCGCAGUGGAAGCAGCCGGGAUGGGGACCGCUCCUCCUCCUCUUCCUCCUCAUACAGAGAUCGCAGCAACAGAGACGGAGGGCGCAGCUAUGGCUCCAGCUCCAAUUCAUACGACCAGUACCAGAAUAACAACAGCAGCAGUGGCGGUGGCCAGUACAGCACCUCCAGGGGCACCUCUGGUUCGGGGAGCGGUGGAGUGGUGCAGGCCCCACCUCCGUCGUCAGUUCCCCAGCCUCUGAUGGCACAGCAGUUCAACCCUCCACAGCCCAUGAUGGGCCUGAUGGGGCACUCACCAUUCCAGUUUGCUCCUCCACCACCGCCUCCUCCCUCAGGGAGAAAGUAAUGUAAUCUGACCACCACAGUCACACACAGCAUUACACACACUACAGGCAUUCACAGGGACAGUUUCAAAAUCAGUCAGAAAUGUCUUGAUAGCACGGAUUAGUCCUUGACAUUUGUCUACUAUAACAUCAACAUUCCAGUUAUAAGCUUGUUUUGGUUCCCACAUGGCAGUGCACUGUGUGUUAAAAUUCCCUCUUCUGCAUCAACACAGCUUUAAAACAUUUGGACUGGUUCCUCGGUUGUUAAUUAUGUGGUCAACACUUUUUGGUUUUGACUUUUUCUUUAAAGUCAAAUUGUUUAGUUUGACAGAAGCUUGUCUGUGUCACUUGAAUACAUUUGAUUGUUGGGAAAAAAAAAUCUUUUUGAUACAAACAUGCUGUUUUUGUAUUGUGAGCCUCUUUAUGUGAGCUGCUACAGAGGAUUUAUAGAGUAUCUGAUUUUCCCUUUAGGUGUAUCAAAGGUAGGUGCUAAAGUUAAUUCUUCUCUGUAUAUAAGCUUGUUUCUGUUUUAGGUUCAAUAUCUUUAUUUCUGGGUUUGAAACAUUGUAAGCUGCAAGAUCAGUUUUAGUUACUGAAGAAAACACGGGGAUUCUGAUGUAUCCUGAGUGAAAGGGUUCAUUAUUUUCCCCCUUAUUUUGAACUUUUUCUUUGAACUUUAUCUUGAUGAUUUCAUGACACAGAUAUUAUUUUAGGCCUGAUAGAGGCAACUCUUCAGGGGCUUUGUGUAGCUGUGGCACUAGUUCAAGUCACAUGCAUGUAAAUGAGCUUUUCUCUCACAUUUUCUAAGUUUGUGUACUAACAAAUAUCCUACCUAACCUACCAUAGGUUACCUUAUUCACUUAAUCACCAGUAUGGUCAAGUCUGCAGUGAUAAUUGAGAUUUUCCUAGCUAAUAGUACGUCCCUUUUUACAGUUUGUUUUUCAUGUUUAAUAAAGCUCUUCAAUCUAUCA